AUGAAAGAUAGACGAGGAAGAGAGAAGAAGUGGCGGUUGAAAGGAGCCGUGGGUUUUUACGCGGAUGUCGAACAUCAUUGUCAAAUAUUUCACAUGUGCGACGAAGAUGGAAGAAGGAUUCCGUACAUUUGCGCAAACGACACGAGUUUCAAUCAAAAAUACAGAAUAUGCGAUUGGGAAUAUAAUUUCGAUUGCGCCAAUUCGAACGAUUGGUAG